AUGUGCGCGUGUAGUGGAAUGGGGCGAGCAAUGGUGAUAGCGGCUCGGCCGUGGCUGAGGCUCCUGCUCGGCCUCGCCGCCGCCGCCGGCGUACUUCAAGUCCGCGGCCAGCGAACGCCUAGUAUCACAGGCUUCAUCAGCAUAGACUGCGGGCUGCCGGAGCAGGGCGGCUACGUGGACGCCGCCACCAAGAUACCGUACACCUCCGACGCCGGGUUCACGGACGCCGGCUCCAACCGCGACGUCUCGGCCGAGUACAUGGAUCCGCGCAUGCCCAGAACCCACCUCAACGUGCGCAGCUUCCCGGACACAGCCCGCGGCUGCUACACCCUGCCGUCCCUCACGCCGGGGUCCAAGUACCUGGUCCGCGCCACCUUCAGGUACGGCAACUACGACGGGCUCAACAAGCUCCCCGCCUUCGACCUCUACCUCGGCGUCAACUUCUGGCGGACCGUGAACGUGUCCAAGGUCGACGCGGCGGUGGUCGCCGAGGCCAUCGCCGUGAUCCCGGACGACUCGGUGCAGGUCUGCCUGGUGAACGUCGGCUCCGGGACGCCGUUCAUCUCGGCGCUGGCGCUGAGGCCUCUCGAGAACUCGCUGUAUCCGCAGGCGAACGCCACCCAGGCGCUGGUCCUGAUCGACCGGCGCAGCCUGGGUGACACGGGCGUGUUGCCUAUCAGGUACCCGGACGAUCCAUACGACCGGGCUUGGGUGCCGUGGAGCGACCCGGAGGUGUGGACGGACAUCUCAACGACGGAGAAGGUCCGGGAGACCAUCGGCAACCUCCGCUUCCAUGUGCCGUCCGCCGUAAUGCAGACCGCCAUCAUCGCGAGCAACGACUCCAGGAACCAGACCAUUGACUUCUCGUGGGACGUCGAGCCAAACCACGCCUACCCAGUUCCCGGGUGCAUUGGUAUCUUGUACGUCGCGGAGCUGCAGAUCCUGGCCAGUAAUGAUGUGCGCGAGUUUAAUGUCAUUGCCAACGGCAAGAAGAAUAAGCUCCCGUACACGCUCGAGUACCUCGUCGCCGACGCCAUAUCUAACAGGGAACCCCAUCAUGGCUACAACCAAUACAACUAA